UAUGUGCAAUUCAAUAUAGAAUAAUGGAGGACUUAAGAGAGGCGAACGAGGGUUACGGCUAAAGUGCGAACAGGAUUAGAACGAAUGCGCGGCGCGAGUGUGCCCGUUCGGAGAUACGAGUUCCGAUUAUUUGACCAAGUGUGUGUGUGUGUGCGUUUUGAAUUUUGUACCUGAUAACGAUCACGAAGAAAGCUGCUGAUUCUCCGCCAUUUGACUGACAUCCGCGAACACGUACUAUCGCGACUCGAAGGUGUCGUUGUGCGACGAUUACAGUCUACCGGUCGAUUUCGUCAACAAGAGACGUCCUGCGAGCGCUGCAGCUGCAACCUCCGCGGUGCAAUGGAUGCUGCCGAGUCCUACUGUGGAGAAUGCGGAAAUCGAGGUUGUGGAACAAUACAGCGACCCUAGAGACAGCAAGAGUAAAGCGUACGUAGAGCCGGGAGCGGAGACGUCUUUGCCAACAGUUUACAGCAGAGCAAAUCGCAAUUAUUGUCGACCAUACACAGAUCCUUCAGCAUCCGGUUCGUCCUGCGAGGACGACGAGGACGGGCGAGUGAUCGUUAAAAAACGAAAGAAUAGCGUUUACGCUUCCUCGACCCGUGCCCCAUCGGCAGACAGGGACACUUUAACUUCGACCGACGGCCUGCUCGUGGAUUGUGUCGCUCUGGUGCAUCUGACCGAUCAAUCCCCGACCGAGUCCGCUCAACCUGUGCGUCAUCCGUCGCCGUAUUACUACGGCGAUCUUUUCAAGGUACCGGAGCAACUGUCCAAAUCGCAGCCGAGCAAGUACCGGAAGAGCGUCAGUCUCGAUGUACCGGGCGAGCGUUCGCGCACACCCGGUAUACCCAAGAGGAACUCGGUAGCGGGUGAUGGAGGCUCGUAUUCGUCCCAGCCACGGCAUUAUCAGCAACUGCAGCAGCCGUAUCCACCGCCGCUGCCACCGCCGCACUAUCGCAGUCAAGAUCUAGUAAGCCCCACGUCGGGGAGCGAGCAUGUGGUUCCAGCCAGAAACGAGAUCCUCUCGUCGUGUAUCAUCACCGAGUGGGAUCACACCCUCAUGCCUCCGCAUAGGCUGCUGAGCCAUGAUCUGCCUACCACCGUUUGUACCUGCGUCGCAUCGCCCGAAGAGGAGGAGGAUGAGCUAGACCGACGGCAGCCGCAAGUAACGCGGCACCAAGUGCGCAAGCUACGACGUACACGGAGGAUAGACCCGCAGCCGAUACUCGUCGAGGACGAGGACGACGUGGAGGGUGAGGACGAGGGGGAGGAGGGAGACGAGGAAGACGCGGAGCCCGAGGAAGAGGACGAAGAAGGGAUGGCCAGGCAACGUCACCUCUACGAGACGGCCUUCGACUGCAAGGUCAAUCGCUCUGACGAUGAUCUCGACGAUCUCGAUCGCGUCACCAAUCACGCGGUACUGCAUUCCCAGAUACGGAGUAGCGGUACUGUGCCAGUGAGUAGAACGAGUUCGUCAACGGACACGUCAAAGCAGCAACAUCAACAAUCGCUACCUUACACCGGCCAGUCGCAAUCGAGCAAGGACCAUCGACGCAAAGUCGUACUUCUCCGCCCAAAACCGAUUCCGAGCCGCUUGCAGCAGCAGCAGCAGCAGCAACAGCAGCAACAGCAACAACAACCAUCGCAACAACAGUCAGACAAUAUAUCUACUCUGUCCCAAGAUAUCGAGUCCCUCCAGAUCAAUUCGAGCGAUGAGAAAACCGGAUCGCCGAGACUACCAGCACGUGAUUACACGCCGUCACCGCCGUCGACUGCACCUCUACCCGCGAAAUUUCAUGGAAACCGAGACCACUUGCUGUUGAAUAUUCGCAGCGCGCCGAAUUUACCUUCGCAGCAGGAUCAUCCCCGCUUGAAAGACAUGAGAUUACCGGUGAAAUCGUUGUUGCGCGCUAAGGACUCGCCGCAGAGUAGCGAGGGUAGCAUUCUGGAAAUCAAGAGCCGACCGAAGACCUUCGUCCAGGAGAACAUCGAUUCUUCGCAGGGUCGUCGAUUCGACAAGGAGCUCAUAUUGGAGUUCAAGGACAGGCCCCGGGAGGAGAGGCAACGACCGCGCAGUCUGAUCCGCGAGAGCAGGCCGAUAAUGGAGUUCAAAGGCAGGCCCCACGAAGCGGAGGGCGAUCUCGCGCGACCGCGAAGAGACGCCGGUCUCUUGGAAUUCAAGCUACGUACUUCGAGACGUCGCGCCGGUUAUUCCAGCACGGAGAGCAUGGCAACUAGCAGCAGCGGUGGCAGCAUGGAAUCCAUCAGGAGUAGCACCAGCGAGGGCAACCGGUCGACCAGCAGUUCCGACAGUCGGCACAGCACCAGAUCGUUGAGCUCCCACAGUUCCGACAGCGGCGGCACCAAUUGCUACCAUCAUCAUCAUCAUCAACAGUCUUUGCCUGGCUUUCUAAAUCACCACGCUACUAAAUUGCAUAUCCUCUCACCGAUCUCCGACAAAUCGUCGCAGGAGCCGGCCUCGGAGACCUCCGACAACAAUCGUAACAACAACUCGCAGAAGGCCUCGCCCGAGGAGAACGUCACCGCAGAGAAUAACAUCACCGCAGGCAACAACACCAAUACGAAUACAGUCACCUCGCCCAUGGACACGUCUUUUAAGAAGCGGCGAACGCCGCAGAACAAGAAUCUUAUUAAUCUUGCGCUGCAAUCGUCGUCGUCGGGCGACGCGGAGAUCCAGGGAUCGGAUAGCGGUAUAUCCAUCGAGUCCCGCGCUGGUAUCAAAUGCAAGCCUUUCGGGUUUCACCUGUUGAAGCCGCAGCUUGAUAAUAUUAAUUUCGUCGACAACGAGCCGGAACUCUCGGAUCUGCCCUUCGAUAUGCCAAAGCUGCGAAGAAGGCGGCUGCUGAUGCAACAGGAUGCCACUACAUCCGGAAGCGCGACCAGUGUGGACCUAAGAGAUUUACCCUUCGACAUGCCGAAGCUCAGGAAGCGUCUUAGAUGUACUCAGAAUAUCGAAUCCAGCGCGUCUCAAGCGUCGUCGAGUCUCUCGGUACGCGACGUAGAGCCACCUUCUUUGUUUGGCGGCGGUCUGGCGCGCCCGAAGAUGACUCUAAAUCUGGAUGCCGGUAGUAACACGGCGGGAACGAGCAGUGGGAAUCUGAGUGGUCAAUUGGUGCCGAAGAAACCCGGUGGCCUGAGCCUCGGCUUACCGCUGGAAAUCAGCACCGCACGAAUAUCGGCCGAUCUGGUUGACGUGGAGCUUCCGUUGGAGAGACAAGGAUGGUAUCACGGCUCUAUCACACGCAUCGAGGCGGAGGGUCUUCUGCGAGUUCACCAAGAAGGAAGUUAUCUGGUGAGGAACAGCGAGUCGACCAAACAAGAUUAUUCUCUAUCCCUAAAGAGCGCCCGCGGCUUCAUGCAUAUGCGCAUCCAGAAGAACGAAGAGCUGAAUGCUUACAUUCUGGGGCAGUUUAGCAAACCGUUCGAGAACAUACCGGAAAUGGUCCGUCAUUUCAGCGUGAAUCGUCUUCCGAUACGCGGUGCCGAGCACAUGUGUCUCCUGCAUCCGGUCAUAGUUCAGCUUUUGUAGCGCAUCUAUCGUAGCGCCAUUUAAGGCGCUGAAUAGCUCUUUUGAUAAUCCGUUUUCUUUUCCCCCGACGAAUGCCGAAGCGCGCGCGAUUGCAAUGAACGAUAAGUUUGAUACCCGCGAACGAGAUGUAGAAAGUAUUAUUCUCGAACGAGGAAGUCUUCCGAACGUUCGUGAGACGCGGUUGACUUCCGCGAGGAUUCUCCGUAUCAAUUCGCAUUCUGGUUGGAUGAACCGUUCCGCACGAAGAGCGCCAGAGAUAAUGGACAAUAAUGGCAUUGACGGGGAAAUACCGCUUCGCCGUGAAAUAUUAGGGGGAGUACGAGUACAGUACAAAAAUAUAAACGGUGACUGAGCGAAGCUGCUCAACGAUACACAGUGCGAUCGAUUAGAUGAAAACGUCCGGGUCUGUGCAAUUCCUUGCGAGAGGCCAGUUUUUAAGCUAUGUGUGAAGAAUCUCAGGUCGCUCCAAGUGGGGAUACCUGCUCAUGAACGUCGUCUUUUUGACAACACUUUAUUUUCGCAUGUCUUAUAGCCGAGUCCAAGUUUUUAUUACACAAUAAAAUUAGAAAUCGGUAGGGACGGCGAGUGCUUAUCCCAUCCCUCUUUCUUUUCCUCUCGGACUCGAAAGCGUAAAGAUCGGUGUCUAAAUGCUUCGUCUUCCUCAAAACAUCGCGCAAACCUACCUCAUAGGCAAACGCAUACAUCGCGGCACGAUAUAGAAGCGGUACCAGAAAUUACAGUAGUGAGAGUCAGGGGAACGAAAUUACUUGAAACGGAUAUGAAUUCGAUGCAGUGAUGACCAUCAAUAACUCUCAAAGAAUAAUGAAUUCGGAAUUGACGAUUCUAGUAGGAUACGCGAGAACGUUCUCGAGGAUGUUUUUCCUGGUUGUUCCUUGAAUCCGCGAUUUAUAUGCGAAUUCUACGAAAGAAAUCUUUAAAUGGGAUCAGAAACGCUGUUUUACGAAAUGGUAUAAUUUAAGUAAGAAGGAAAGGUGCGCGUAUUUAAAUUCACACAGAGUGCCGCGUGGAAGCAGCCCGACGUGGCGUGAGCUGAAAGCCAAAGUAAAACUAAUCCUAAUAUCCAGUCGAGGGAUAGAGCAGAACUAGUAGGCCGGAUACGCGCAGCGAGCGCGAGUAAAAUGCCAAACUUUACUUCUAAUCGUAAUCAUUUAGUCAGGGUUUAGUUAUCCGUCUCGUCGUUGAUAAGUGAUUAAAUAGGCUUAGAACGAUAAGCGAGCGUACGACAGUCAGUUGGCUCGAAUAUUGGGUGAGGCGAAGGUUCCGCGUAACUUCGUGAAAUAAUAAAAAUUGCGAGUCGAAAAAAAUAAUAAUGAAUGUUUUCGCAAAACGACGCGACCGACAGGAAACGGUCGGAAACGCGAGAAAAGUGGAAAAAAAACGAUAGUGAUCGACAGCCUGAAUCAUCGGUGGCUCGUUAUCCGAGUCAUCCGUCUGAGAAACUAGACGGAGUCACUCGCGGAGGAAAUUUUUGCGAUAGGAUGCAACCGAUACAUAUUUUUUCAUGUGAUAUUAAUUUGUUACAGAGAUAGCCUAGUUUCACCUGUGAUCUGUUACUUAAUUCCCCUUGUCCGCGUGCGCGUCGGCGUUCUCGCGCGAUUGCACGCGAUAAUGAUAAUAAAAUAAAUUAAACUUGCUAUUAUUAUUACGUAGAAUCAGCAACGACGCGUCGCUCAGACGCGAUGACGAGACGUCCGUGGUGUUACAAUAAUUUUUCGAGUUAGAAAUUCGAUUCGCAGAGGUUGUGAGCGAAUUUUUGUUGGCCGAGCAAGCAAAAAACAGUUUGCUAUUAAAGUAGUGACAUAGGGAAUCUACGGCGAGAAGUAGCGAGUGCCAGCACCGUGUUGUAAAAAUUGUCAUAGCCGAAAGCCUCGUUUGAUCGUUUAAGCGUUUAAUCGGUAUACACGAAAAAGCAAAUCAUUAGUUUUCUAAUUAAAAAUAUUUAAAUUUUGCACUCGCAGGAAUACUUGAAUUAUGAACGAGGCACUCUCUACUUUCGCGUCUAAUUAGGUUGAGUGUAAUUCAUGCGUCGUACUGUAAGCUGCCAGUAUUAUUAACUGUAAUCGAUAAUGCAUAUCCAUAUAUGUUAAUGUUUAAGACAUUAUAUUGUCUCUAUAGCCCGAUCAUUGAAACUAUAAUCUAUAUAUAUAUUUAUUUCUCCUAUUAUAUUUAUUGCAUUGUAUCGUUGAGUAUGAUGAUAAGGAUGAAGUUUCUGUGCGCCAUUAAUUUAAUUGCGAGAUCAUAGAGCUGUAUACCUAUAGUAAUUCUAGACUUCGUACACGUAGAGUAAUAUUAUUUGUCGAAAGGCAGUACCGUAAAUUAUAUGGUAGACUAACUUGUAGAUACUUCCUGUACCUUGAAAUUUGUAUGAAGUAGGAUUUAGAUUACGUAAUAUAUACAUAAAUAUAUAUUAUUAUAAAUGAUUAUACUAGCGCGCAUAGUUCUCGUUUGUAGGAUAUACAUAAAUUAAGGUCUAGCGAAAGCGGGGUGAGUCCAAUAAAUAUCUUAAGCGCUAUGCACGCCCUUUACGUAAAAAGGGAUGUCUCGGACGGCGAUGUGCAAUAUUCUGACGCGGUCUUGUACGGCCGUAAACGUGAAGUGCGAUCCAAUAUUUUUGUUUUAGUAAGCAAACCACCGAUGUUCCAAAUCGACUUCACUAGAUAAUCUUGUGUACUCUGGAAAUUUCUCUUAAUAAUAAAAUAGUUAAUAACUCCAGUUUAGUCACGACAGUCGCAGUUUUACCAUCUUUUCAAUUUUAGAUAACCCAAGAAAGUCUUUUACAUGAGAAUAGAAAAUUUUGUGUAAAAAUUUUUAUAAGAUUGUACAAUGCGUAUCGUUUCGAAAAAAACUAUAAAAGCAUUGAUAUCAAUUGAAUUAUAUCAGUUAUAUAAAUUUUCUCUGUGCUAUGUAUAUUUUCAAAUUAUUUAAUUUAUUCUAUUUCUAUCUCUUCGUCAGUUUUGUGUGAGGUAAUCUCACUCUGAAGUCCAGCUGGAACAAGUGGCGGACGGUCACCAUUUUCUUGUAGAGAUGUCACUUGGUGCGUUUCUGUCUGUGCCGAAUCAAACAUUGUAAUUUAUUUAAAUAAAAUUGCAUAAAGAGCUUAGA